AUGGCCCAUUACGGCGCGUCACCCGUGACAAUCCGCGUUACGGACCCUGGUCGUGUCCCUGAAACCNGGACCCAAUACCCGAACCAGCCGACGAGAUUCGGCAAGCUGUUGCUUAGAUUGCCGUCCCUGAGGACGGUCUCAUCCCAGGUGAUCGAGCAGCUGUUCUUCGUACGACUGGUCGGGAAAACGCCGAUCGAGACGUUGAUCAGGGACAUGUUGCUCAGCGGCAGCAGUUUCAACUGGCCCUACAUGUCCACGAUGUGACACACUGUCUGGCGACACUUGGCUUCCGCGUAAUGAUCAACCAACCG